AUGAUUGAGAACUGGCGCCCCAUCAGUCUUCUCAAUGUUGAUAGAAAGAUCUUGGCAAAGAUUCUUUUUUGGCGCUUGUCGUCAGUAGCAGGCGAUUUGUUGUCCAGCCAUCAGCACUGUUCGGUCCAAGGUAGAAGUAUCUUUUCAGCGGUUUUGGCUAUCCGGGAGGCUUUGGAACGAUGCAGGGCUGCUGGAUGGAGAAAGUACUUGCUGGCAUUGGAUCAGGCAAAAGCUUUUGAUCGAGUGAAUCAUGAAUAUCUGUGGUUGCUGCUUGGUAGAUAUGGCCUGCAGGGGAGGUUUAUAGAUUGGCUGAAGACAUUAUAUAAAGGGGCUGAGAGCUUCCCACUUGUUAAUGGUUGGGUUGGGCGGCCUUUUGAGGUCGGCUCUGGUGUGCGCCAGGGAUGUCCUUUGAGCCCCCUGCUAUAUGCUUUCGCAAUCGACCCCUUUGUAAGAAGGCUAGAGGGCGCAUCGUUGUGCGGGGUGCCUCUGGGCAUUGCUGUUGUGCCGCCUUUGAAGGUCAUUGCCUAUGCUGAUGAUGUGUCUGUUAUUAUCUCUGGGACUGAGGAGGCGCAGGAGGUGGUCUCUGUGAUAGAGCAGUACACGGAGGCUUCUGGCUCUAAGUCAACCAUGAAAAGAGUGAAGUUUUCUGGAUGGGUGAGGAGGGUGAAAGCUUCGAACUUCCGGAUGCCUUCCCAGACCCCCGGAAGGAAAUUAAAAUUUUGGGCAUCAAAUUUGGUCCUGGUGACUAUGGUCAUCGAAACUGGGAAAGCAGGUUGGUAG